GCCACAAUGGCCAGCACCACAAAGUUCAGGGCUUUAGUCUUUCUAGCUCUCAUUAGUAUGAGUUUGGGCCUUUCCUCCGCCGCAAAGUCGUUGAAGAGCAUUAGCGGUGGUGGCGGCGGAUUGGGCUCGGGGUCUGGCUAUGGAGAAGGUGGGGGGCAUGGUGAGGGAGGUGGACAAGGUGGAGCCGCGGGUGGUGGUUAUGGAAAGGGAGGUGGAGGUGGAGGGGGUGAAGGUGGAGGUGGUGGUUCAGGGAAUGGUUCUGGAUCUGGGUCUGGGUAUGGUGAGGGAGGUGGACAUGGUGGAGCGGCUGGUGGAGGUUAUGGGAGCGCUGGUGGCGGCGGCGGAGGUGGUGGAGGAUCAGGCGGCGGAGAAGGAAGUGGGAGCGGGCAUGGAUCCGGCCAGGGUUCUGUAUCAGGUUCAGGUGCAGGUGGGGCUCAGGGAGGAGGAAGUGGCGGCGGCGGAGGUGGCGGCGGUGGAGGGUCCGGCAGUGGGUCUGGUCAUGGAUCUGGUGGGGGAUCUGGAUAUGGGGGUGGCGUCGGAGGGCUCAACUAAGCAGUGGACUACUUCAUAAAUAACAUUGAAGAGCUAAAUAAGAGCUGCAUGGCCAAUACUUAUAUAAUUUUGCAC